AUGACAAUGCGGCCGAAGGGAUUCGAGUCCCCCAGGACACCAGCGGCCAUGUCGCCACCGAGCCGCUCAACGUUGCUCGACCACUCGCCCUCUUCCCCACGCGCACACAUGGUGCAACUAUCCACACCCUCCCGACUCCCAAGCAUCACUGCCCAGCAGCCGUUGGACUUUGACGACGGGAGCCACUCGCAUAUGACCGUGUUCGGGUUCAGCCCGCCCCGCUCCCAUAUGUCUCUCCCGCCAUCAAGCUCGCCCAUGAAUUCACACUUCUACCUUCCCAAGGCUGGCGCUGCGGUCCCCAUCCUCUCCCCAUCGCUGGGCGCAGGAGAACAUGUCCUCCAGGGGCCGUUUCUCCCCGCCUUUGAGCCCGCGAGUCCCCGCUUCACGGACUCGCCACAUGUCCUAGCGGGCGAGUUCCCUCCACGAUCCCGGCGGAACUCGGCUGCUGUCGUCUCAAUCUCCUUGUCCUCGCGCUCGCGGUCCAGGACCCCUCAUGGGCGCAAAGCCACCCUCCCGGCGGAACACUCCGGCUCCGGGACGCCCAGCAAGGCAACUACACCUCGUGCCAAUCUUGCCGAGGAGUGGGCUCCGGUAGCACCGGGGUUAGACAACAUGGAUGGUGGAGACGAGGACUGGUGCGCCCCCACCGGCGGCAUCAUGCUUGACGCCGACGAGUCCACUGACUCGUUCUCGUUUGACGACGACGAACACAACAGGAGCUGGACUGCCGAGUCUGAGGUCGGCGUAACAGAUGUGCUUCGCCCCGGCGCUGUAUUUGGUGAAGGCCUCGAAUUCGAGGGCGACGUCAUCAAGCCCGCCACCGGCCGCCUGGAUAUCAGCGGGAGUGACGACGGUGUGCCACUCCGCCGCGACGGUAGCAAGAUCGGCGUUCCCCGCCAGCAGACCGAUACCUCGAAGCGUUCCUACGAGGUCAUACGACGCCUCGGCUCCGGCUCGUACGCAGUCGUGUAUCUCGUCCGCGAGCGCGGGCGUAGGAAACGCGAGUUCGCCCUCAAGUGCCUCUCCAAGCACGACCUCGAGGAAGAGCAGCUCGAGACGCAGCUGUUUGAGGCAACAAUACACCUCUUGCUUCCCAUUCACCCGAACAUUGUCACGCUACACGAGACGCUCCAGACCAAGAACUGGCUGUUCCUCAUGCUUGAGCUCUGUCCUGGGGAAGACUUAUUCUACUGGUUGGAACGCUCGCGCGACGCUUCGCCGCCUCCAGCGCACUCGAGAUUGAUCGGCGGUCAGCACCUUGACAACGGCAUGGACAUCAUGUCCUCUUCGCGGCUUUCGUCUUCGUCUAUCCCAUUCUCCUCGUCGCAGCUCUUCUCUGGCCUCGCCAACUCGUACAACUCGCCCAACGCUUUCUCUCCCAACGUUGGCUUUGGUUCGUCCCAGUUCAGCGGGUCCCCUGCAUCGCUCCUCUUCGCGCACCAUAACGGCAUGCCGCAGUCGAUGGGGUCACCACACGCAGCCACGCCUCCCACACCCUCACUCCUCUCGUCGUUUUCGGCCAACACACUACUCACUACUCGUCGUCUCCGUCUUAUCGCGUCCAUGUUCUCGCAGAUGUGUGAGGCGGUCGCCAUCUGUCACAACGCAGGCGUCUCGCAUCGCGAUAUCAAGCCUGAGAACUUCAUCUGCUGCGACUCUGUCGAGCUCGAGACGGUGGCUGAGGGCGACGACAAGCCUGACUUUGGGCCGCAGGCGAAGCGCAAGGUCGUGGUCAAGCUCACCGACUUUGGUCUCGCGACCACGGACGAGGACUCGGGCGACGUCGAGUGUGGCUCCAAGCCGUACAUGGCGUACGAAUGUCGCAACAACCUCGGGCCGUCGUAUCGUCCAGCGCCUGCAGACGUGUGGUCUCUCGGCAUCGUGCUCAUCAACAUGCUCUUCCAUCGCAACCCGUGGAAGGACCCUACCGAGGGCGAUCCUAACUUUGACGCUUACUUUGCGCACCCUGUCGGCUUCCUUCAGACCAAGUUCACGGGCAUCGGCAAGGAGGUCGCGACGUAUAUUGCCGAGCACGUUCUGUGCAUUAAAGUUGAGGACCGCGUGAGCGCUCACGAGCUCGGACAGUGGAUCCGCAAUCUCCCUGAAAUGAUCGGUGGGCGCCGUGCGAUCCACCGGCUCAAGGUGGAUCGUCUCGAGAGUCGCAGCAGGGCUGUCGCCACCGACAAGGGUCUGUUUGUUAAGUCACCCAUCACGGCCGAACCCACGCAGAAGAGUGCUUUGGCCUCUGCUCUAGCUUCUUCGGCCCUGGCUACUUCGGUUCCGAUCUCUGUUCCCAAGCCUCCUCCUACGGGGCCACUGCCGCCUCCACCGGUACUUUCGUCCACUGCCAUCAUCUCAGCGGCACCUCAUUACAUAUCUACAAUUCAGGAGGUCCCAAGCCUGCCAUCGCUGCCUUCCCACACUGAACUGGUUGAGCAACCUGGUCCCACGCCACCAGAGUUGGAGCCCGACGAGAUCUGUUCCGCUACCACGGUCGACGACAAUCCCACGCCUACCGACAUGAGCACAGUCGUCUCACCGGAUCCUACCGAGGGCGGAGAUGACGUUGCUGACCUCGGCGACCUUGACAAGCCAGAGGACGAUGGCUCAGGGCAGAACCAGAAGCGCCGUAAGCGCGGCGUGCGCAAGGGCAAGGCGGCUCAAGCAGCCUUAGCAGCAAAGGAGGACCCCGAGGACAAGUCUCGUCGUGAGGCUUUACUGGCCGAGCUCGUCACUGCUUCCCAGGACUUGGCGCGCGACCUGUCGGUCAAGAAGCCGUUUGACCCUCACCGCAUCCAGGACUUCCCGCCACUCGGUAUGGACCCUCGAGAGGCUGCUGCUGGGCGCAAGUCAAAGUGGAAGGACUUCCUCGCGGCAUCCAAGGGCAAUCCGCAGUUAGAGGCAUUAGCCCGCCGGGUGGCGGACAGGGACGCGGGAACCAACGGCGGCUGGUCUGCUCCGGCCAAGCUACAGCAGAGCAAGGACAAAGACACGCUGUCUCGCCCUAAUAUUAACCGCCAGACGGCAACGGCCACGAGUUCGGUCGUCUCUGCGAACACUGCCACAUCGAGCGCUACCAGCUCGAUGGGUGGCGGCGCAGACGAGGACGACUGGCGUCGGCCAGCUCGUGAGCGUGAGCUUCGUGAUACGGAGAAGAACAAGGAGUGGCGUCCUUCUACGUCGUCGUCUCGUCGGGGCGCAACCGAAGACUCGACCCGUCAUCGCCAGGCCACUCUUGCGGCGGCGGCGUUAGCGAACGGCUUGGACCCCAUGGGCGCCUUUGGUCGCCCAAGCCAUCUGCGUGGGCCGUCUGUCAAUCGCGGCGGGUCGCCCCUUGCGGGGCCGCCCCGGCCUCGCCUGGAGCGUGACCACGCGGACCGCAACGAUGGCCGGUGGGCGCCACCUACGAGCUCGGUCCCUAUGCCUCCUAUAGGCCGCAAGGACGACAAGGCCAAGCAUGUGACCCACGAGGUGCGCGACCGCACAGACCGUCCUUGGCGCGAAGCGCGCCCGCGUGGCGAAUUCAACCCUACCAAGUCUGCGCCCGCGCCCAUGGGCGAGUUCCACUGGGCGUCGUCGGCAGCGCUGGGACCCAUUUCGAUUCCCCCUUCCUCGUUUUCGAACGCCUCAACCCCCACCCCCACGGCUGCCAAGCCUCCUCUCCCCACCCAGUCGUCGACAGCCUCGCUGGCCACGACCAACGGCAACACACCCACCAACGGCACAGCUAUUUCGCCCGAGAUGCCCAACAAGCCUAAGCUCAAGGGCCAGAUCAGCACUCUCUCGAACAUGCUCAGCCGGCUCAAGGCCAAGGGCCGCGAUUAG